GAGCACUGCGUGCUUCGCGGCGGCGUCCUGCGCGUUCGCCAGACGCACCGCGGCCCUGACGCUGGCCCGGUGCCCCACGUGCAGCCGCACCCGCUGGUGUACCUGGCACAUGGGAGCAGCGUGAAGUUGGUGAAUAGAACUCUGCUGCAGGUCACCGCGAAGGUGCCCUACAAUCAGGACUUCCUCCUGGCGGCGCCGAGCGAGGCAGAGGCGGAGGGCUGGCGCCUCGCUCUGGAGGCCUGGCCCGCCCGCUCUGCCGAGGGCGCCGGGGGACGCGGCGGAUGCAAGAAGUGGUAG